UUAAUAAUUUGUUUAUUCCAUGUAUGUUGAAUGUGUCUUUAAAGAAGAGAUUCUGACUCCCUUUUUGAGGCUUGCAUGUUUGUGUGUGCAGUGAGAAAGGAAUGAUGGGUUAAUCAAAAUCUCCAUCUCAAUCACAUGUUGGCCUUUUAUUUUUAAUACUCUAAUAAUAACAAUUACUUCAACCUAAGGGUUGAUAUUAUCAAAAAAAAAAAACAAAUUAGUGGAAAAGAAAACAAUAAAAUCCAUCUUGUAUUUUUAACAUACAAAAGCUUGCACCAUAGACUAAUAUUUUAGAAGAUAGUCACAAUGGGGUUCAUUUAGAAGUUGUUUUAAAGACAAUGCAUAUUUGAAGUAGGUAUGUAUUAUAACCGUGCAACGGAUGGAAGCAUAGACAUUUAUGUGGCAAUGUGUAGUGCAGUAACCAUGCAGAUGUUGGAGUUAAGAAAGUCUAAGAACCAAACUUUGUUUUCUCACCAGUCCCCCCUUGUUGACAUUACCAUCCCUCAGCUCACCGACUACAGGAUCCAAUGGGCCUGCUCAGACUGACUAUUCUGUCAAGCGUUUGGGGAGAAUGUACUAGCAUUCUAGAAAUAAAACAGAAAAGAAUGAAAUAGGAACUGUAUUUGUCUGAGGUAUUUAAAAGCUCUUGGAUGCCUUUCUAGCUGACACAAUGACAAUGUAUACAUCCCUUGGGUGUCGUAUGUUAAAAUUCAGCAGAGAAGAGGCACAAGAAUUUUGGUCGACUUCUAGGGAAACCACUAGGGUUUGCUGCCCCCAGAAAUUACAUUUACAAAUCGCCUUGCUCCCAAGAGACAUGGUCCUCUCCAGUUUACAGAAUGUCGGUCCCAUUGGAUUGCACCAAACACCAAGCACUUGAUGCUAUGAUUGUCACAUAAUCAUUUUCAGUUUUGAAAUAUACAACAAAUACAAUCUUCCUCCUGCAAGGCCAUGGUCAAAAACAUAGGGAUCUCUACCUCCAAUCUCCUUCUCAAGUGUGUCUUUCCAUCCCUCUCUCUCGCCACUCCCUGCCUCUUACACGCACACGCACAUGCACACGCACACGCACACCGGGCAGAGAAGCCUAAAAUACCUGCCACCUAAUGACUGACAAAAAUAAGGCCAACCUGCACCACAGAUUGGGAAACACUGAGGAUGGGAAUCACAUUGAGGAUAAACAGAGGGCUAAGUUUUGUGGUGUUUUUUGGUUAAUGAGUUGUGGGUUUUUUUGUUUGUUUUGUUUUGUUUUUUAAGAAAAAAACCUAUGACAAUUCUUCAUUCCCGAGUCUUCUUUAUGUUACUGAAAAGCCCUGGGAAACGUGGAUCCCAUUUCACCCUCACUCCUCGGCUCCACGCCGAUUGCCCACUCCCACAACUACCUCUCCUUAGCAGUGGGAGUAAAUCCUUUUUCCUGUUCUCCGCGAUGGAUCAAAUUGCUGACCCCUUUGUGUCCCCUGCCCCUCCAGAUCAGCCUCUCCACCUAGACUUCUCCCUUGCUCACUCCAAGAGGGUGGGAGAAAGAGCAGCGUUCGGUUUUGGUUUUCAUUUUUUCCGAACAAAGAGAAAACCUGGGCCUUGAAGCUUUUUCUCAGGGAGCCUAAGCUCUGAGAGGUACCCCUGCACUCCCACAUCAGCUCAAGACUCCGAGUUCACUUCACCAGGCUGGGGACACAACCGGCAAAAAUCCUCUAGCUCGUCAAGUUAACUUGGCCUCGGCCAGCAACCAGAGGCCAGGGUGACGGGGUACCCUGCCGGGGGCCUGCAGCUUCCCCCUGGGGCCCCAAACAGCAAGGUAGGGGCUGGGAUGCCCCGACCCCGGGCUUGGGGAGAAGCUGGCGCGGAGCAGGCGCCCUGGAGCAGGGUCUCUGGGGUCCCGGGAGCGGUCACGUGUUCCCGAGGCGCCUCUAAAACCCCCGCUGCUCCCCGCUCCUUCCUCCCUACCCCCACCACUUUCCCACCGCCACCUUCAGGUCCUCCCCCUGCAGCCGCCGCUCGCUCGGGCGCAGGAGCGACCGCGUUCCCGGGAACCGAGGCACCAGCACCGGCCCGGGAGCCCCGAGCAGGACUGUGAUAUGGAUUUAGAGCUCCAGGACUUUUAUAACAAGACACUUGCCACUGAGAACAGUACUGGGGCCCCUCGGAGCUCUGAUUUCCCAGUGUGGGAUGACUAUAAAAGCAGUGUAGAUGACCUGCAGUAUUUUCUGAUUGGACUUUAUACAUUUGUAAGUCUUCUUGGUUUCAUGGGGAAUCUCCUUAUUUUAAUGGCACUCAUGAGAAAACGUAACCAGAAGACUACAGUAAACUUCCUCAUAGGAAAUUUGGCCUUCUCUGAUAUCUUGGUUGUGUUGUUUUGCUCACCUUUCACACUGACCUCCGUCUUGCUGGAUCAGUGGAUGUUUGGCAAAGUCAUGUGUCAUAUUAUGCCUUUUCUUCAGUGUGUUUCAGUUCUGGUGUCAACUUUAAUUUUAAUAUCAAUUGCCAUUGUCAGGUAUCAUAUGAUAAAACAUCCUAUAUCUAAUAAUUUAACGGCAAACCAUGGCUACUUCUUGAUAGCUACUGUCUGGACGCUAGGUUUUGCGAUUUGUUCUCCUCUUCCAGUGUUUCACAGUCUGGUGGAACUUCAGGAAACAUUUGGCUCAACAUUGCUGAGCAGCAGGUAUUUAUGUGUUGAGUCGUGGCCAUCCGAUUCAUACAGAAUUGCUUUUACCAUCUCUUUAUUGCUAGUUCAGUAUAUUCUGCCCUUGGUGUGUCUAACCAUAAGUCAUACCAGUGUCUGCAGGAGUAUAAGCUGUGGGUUGUCCAACCAAGAAAGCAAACUAGAAGAAAAUGAGAUGAUCAACUUAACUCUUCAUCCAUUCAAAAAGAGUGGGCCUCAGGGGAAACUUUCCAGCAGCCAGAAAUGGAGCUAUUCAUUCAUCAGAAAACACAGAAGAAGAUACAGCAAGAAGACAGCAUGUGUGUUACCUGCUCCAGCAAGACCUUCUCAAGAGAACCAUUCAAGAAUGCUUCCAGAAAACUUUGGGUCUGUAAAAAGUCAGCUCUCGUCAUCCAGUAAGUUCAUACCAGGAGUCCCCACCUGCUUUGAGAUGAAACCUGAAGAAAACUCAGACGUUCAUGAAAUGAGAGUAAACCGUUCGAUCAUGAGGAUAAAAAAGAGAUCUCGAAGUGUUUUUUAUAGACUAACCAUAUUGAUAUUGGUGUUUGCUGUUAGCUGGAUGCCACUACACCUUUUCCAUGUGGUAACUGAUUUUAAUGAUAACCUUAUUUCAAAUAGGCAUUUCAAGUUGGUGUAUUGCAUCUGUCAUUUGUUAGGCAUGAUGUCUUGUUGUCUGAAUCCGAUUCUGUAUGGAUUUCUUAAUAAUGGGAUCAAAGCUGAUUUAAUUUCCCUUAUACAGUGUCUUCAUAUGUCAUAAUCCCAAAUGUUUAUCAAGGAAAGAACAAAUGUUGGGAUGGUCUAAAACACAUUCACAAUAACUAUUUAUGUAUAGUAAACACAUUUUAGUAACAUGAAAUUCAAUUUAUGUAUAAGAGUUCUGGAUUUGAAUGUCAAUUCAUAAUAUAUGGAAGAUAAUUUUCAUGUGUUAUAUAUAAUAUGAUGAGUUCAUUUAGUUACAUAAAGUCAAUGUCAGUACACUCUGUAAUUUCAUUUUAAAUAUGGGGCACCUGGGUGGCUCAGUCGGUUGAGCGUCCGACUUUGGCUCAGGUCAUGAUCUCGCAGUCCGUGA